CACCUCAACACUCAACCCAUCAUUUCCAUCAAGAACUCUCUCUUUUCCUGCCCUUCUCUCACCCACAAACAACAUUCUAUCACUCUCACACCUACCCAUUUUAUGAUGUAUUUUGUUUCUCCAUCUCUCUUUUGCUCUUUCCCUUUCUCCCAAUCUGGAUUUGCUUCAUCUUUGUAAAAGAAAGAGGGGUGUUUGGUGAGCAAUUGGGUUGAGCUGGGUUUUUUUUUGUUGGUUUUUGGUGUAAUGGGAAACUGCUGGUGUAGAUGGGAGCCUUCAAUUUAUAGAGUAUCUUCCAAUGCAAAGUCAGAAUCUCCGAAGGACCAAAGCCCAUCCGCAAAACCAAGGAACAGUGAUUGUAGAUUACCAUCGAAUCCAAAAGAAGUAGAAGAUCUACGUCGUGAUUCAGCUGCAAAUCCAUUGAUUGCAUUCACUUUCGAUGAACUAAAGAUUAUCACUGGUAAUUUUAGGCAAGAUCACUUGCUGGGUGGGGGAGGAUUUGGAAGUGUUUUUAAAGGUUUCAUCACUGAUGACUUAAGGCAAGGACUUCAGCCCCUUCCAGUUGCUGUUAAGGUCCAUGAUGGUGAUAAUAGUUACCAGGGCCAUAGAGAAUGGCUGGCCGAAGUCAUAUUUCUCGGGCAGCUUUCGCAUCCAAAUUUGGUGAAGUUGAUUGGAUACUGCUGUGAGGAUGAUCACCGUGUAUUGAUAUACGAGUAUAUGGCUCGGGGUAGUGUGGAAAACAACUUAUUUUCUAGAGUAUUGCUCCCUCUUCCAUGGUCUAUCAGACUGAAGAUUGCUUUUGGUGCUGCAAAAGGACUUGCUUUUCUUCAUGAAGCUGAGAAACCGGUCAUCUAUCGUGACUUCAAGACAUCGAAUAUUUUGUUAGACCCGGAUUAUAAUGCAAAGCUCUCUGACUUUGGACUUGCAAAAGAUGGACCAGUGGGGGAUAAAUCUCAUGUUUCCACUCGGGUAAUGGGAACAUAUGGAUAUGCAGCACCUGAGUAUAUAAUGACAGGUCAUCUGACUCCCAGGAGCGAUGUAUACAGCUUUGGUGUCGUUCUUCUCGAACUUCUUACAGGAAGAAAAUCAUUAGACAAGUCAAGACCAGGCAAAGAGCAGAACCUUACGGACUGGGCUCUCCCUUUGCUGAAAGAGAAAAAGAAGGUGCUUGACAUUGUGGAUCCAAGACUAGAAGGAGAUUACCCUAUUAAAGGAGUACACAAAGCUGCAAUGCUUGCUUAUCAUUGCCUGAACAAAAAUCCAAAAGCAAGGCCUCUGAUGCGAGAUAUAGUAGAUUCCUUGGAGCCUUUGCAAGUCUCUGAUGAAGUCUCAACUGAAGAAACUGUGAUUACUGUGAUUAGUGAGGCACCAGAUGCUGCAGAAAAGAGAAAUGAAUAACACUGUUAACUGACAUUGAUUGUGGUUUCUUCUUGUAAGUGCGUGAGAUGAUAUUGUAUAGAUGAAUCAAAUGUUUUUCCUUUCCUUCUUAUACUGUUUUGUUUGUGUCGUUCAUAGAGUCCAAUGGUUCGGCUGGUUUGGGGGCA